CCCGGAUCUAAUCAGAAGUCGAUCACUGUUGUGUUUGCUUGCUGUUUGUCAUUGAUCCCAUUGCGUGUGUGCACUGCAGUUAAAUUAAAAGCGAACGCUUUAAAAUGAACUGUUCGUGCUAAUUGACUUUGGUGGUGAUUGUCUGGAGAGCCAGGAAAGUGGGUUCACGCCUACCGCUACCAGCUGUCCAGGGGAGUUCGGAGGGAGCAGGACCCGGCUACACCACGGCGGUGCCCACUCAUCUCAGCGGAGACGAUGGCCGUCAUCGGUGUACAUGUACGCGUUCAACUAGUGGCCAUUGCUCUCGUCAUUGGUGUGCUGGGGGUGUGGGGAGAAUAUACAGAACCUUUCUUUGAUCCCGACUGUUUCAGCACAGACUGCUCCUGGUCGUGGGAUAGUCCAGAUCCAGGCCGUCAAUAUUGUGAAAGGGUUGUGUUUGACAGCAGUCUAAACGUUUGCCAAUAUCCGUUUAGCCUCCCUCUUACGCCAAAUGAAAGGCCAGGAAAGGCCGAAGCUGUUGAGGUUGCCGACUUCAACAAGUUAUUCAUGCCUCCUGGAUGCCAAGAUUGUACCCAAGAACAGUACACCUGUCUGAACAUCACGUACAGCAUCAAUCAAUAUUCGGCAAAUAAAGUGAAGGGAAUACAGUUUUCUGUUCGUGGGCACAAUCAGCCGGAUCUGAACCUCAAUUACUGCAUGAACCUCAACUUCAGCGACCAAGGCUUGCAUUACUAUGCAGUGGAAGACCGUUUAUUCUCCAUUGAGUGCUUCUGUGGCUUGAAGCCUGGUAUUUCGUAUAGGGUCACCGUUCGAACAUUGCCUGUGGAUGACACCCCUAAUGAUCCAGAUGACACUAAAGUUGAAAUACCUUAUAUACCCUCAGAUUGUGGUCAGCCAGACAAAACACAAGAUGUUCGCUGUCAGACAAGUGCAGAGGCUCGUUGGUCACCAGAGUGUUUCCAUGUGACCCAGAAAGCCAGCAGUGGUGAAUACGACAUAGUGGAGAUUAUUUUUGGUGUGGCUCCAGUGAGCUAUAACUUCAAUCGAUAUGGACUGUACAUCUAUGAAUAUGCCCCAGAUUCUCCCCUAGGGCGGCCAGAGGAUUCAGAGUUUUUAUACAUGAGUUCUGUUGCAGAUCGUAAUUGCUCAAGUUCAUAUGAGCCAACAUUACAGCACAGAUUUAACAUAACAGGCUGGUCUGGCAGCCUGGAAACCGACUUUGUUGCCGUGGUUCAACCCAGACCGACCUCACAGAAACAGUGCUUGAAUGUAGAGGGCGAAGAAAUAUCAUGCAAGCGAACCUACAGUAGCCCAUUCCAUCUAAUAGCCAAUCCUUGCAAGGGGAAUCCAUGCGGGGAAGCAGCUAUCGGCCAAUGUAUACCAAACCAGAAGAUAUACACCUGUAACUGCACUGCUGGCUACAUGGCAUGGAAUCAGACUUGCCUAGUGGACCCUUGUAUGGUUCUGGCAGCAAAUGAAAAGGACUCGAUGCAUCAGUGUGAAAAUGGCGUUUGCCAGUACACUAAAAAACGAAUGGACUAUUACUGUACAUGCUAUGAUGGAUUUGAGUAUCAAGAAACACAAAAGAAAUGCGUGGAGAAGACCUCAAUCGGAAAGAUUGUCGGCAUUGUGGUUGCCAGCUGUCUAGCCGGAUUGAUCCUGUUUGUGUUGGUGGUUUUUGUGAUUCGCCAGAGACGCCAUCCGCCAGAAAUUCUGACUAAACCAGAGUCACAAGAUGGACACAUAGAAGAAGUUCGUCGUAGGUCUAGACGUGUCCUGCCAAUUUACUCGGAUGACCACCCCAAACACAAAGCAGUCAUUCAGUGCUUCUGCCGCUUUCUGGAGGCACACUGCCGUUGUGAUGUUUCUCUGGUGGACUGGCAGACAUCAGUGGCCCCCACUAUCACAAUGUGGCUUGACAGUGAGAUUGAAAGGGCAGACAUAGUUCUGCUGCUGUGCUCCAAGGGGACGGGUAAGAAAUACAAGGACAAGGCACGACAGAAGGCGACUAGAAGCUCAGAUGGAGUCUACGGCGACGUGUUCGUCCAGGCACUCACCCUUCUUGAGGCACAUUUCAAUCGCGAUGGUGCCUGUGAGAAGUUUGUGGUUUGCUUCUUUGACUACUCCAGUGAGGAGGACAUUCCUGCUCCGUUCAGGUGCUUUGCCAAGUACCGCCUAAUGAAGUGCAUGGAGACCCUCUUCCUGCGGAUUCACAACAAAGUCAAGGACAGCCCGCGCUCCAAACGCCACGUCCCGGACCUGGAGGAGUUCGCAUACCCAAAUCUGCAGAUGGGGAAACCACUACAUGAUGCUAUCGAGGCCAUGAAGGAAGUGAUCAAGAGAGAACCCAAGUGGUAUCACAAUAAUAACAAUGGCAAAGGAACCCGGAAGGUAUUGUUGGAGUCGCCCAGGCCGAGCCUGUCCCAGCAGCCCCUGCUGACUUCCAUCUCUCCCCAGAUCUCAAUGGAUUCAGCUUAUGACAGCAACAAUUUCUUCAAGGACACAGCCUCCUGUGGGGGCAGCAGCAAUGGAUCCGUAUUUGAAAAGAUGUUUGAACAGUUAGACUCUUUCCCAGUGAAACGGCAAGUUGAUGAUGGCACCCUGCCGGACGGCUGUCACGCCUUACAGAUGCAGGGUCACCCUGACGACAAACGUGACCAGCCGGUAACACGUUUCUUCUCUGAUGACAUGCACAUCACCAUGAAUCAGGCUUCCCAGGAUUACUUGUCGUCAGACUUCUAUUCAGAUGUCCAAAUGGCUGACAUCGACAAGAAAGAUGACAGGGCUUUCACAUUUGUUUAAAACUGAACCCUCCACACUCUAGACAAAGCUUUUGUAAAUAUUCUUGAAAUUACAUCAUCUGACCCAGACAAUAUUUUUACCCAGGCAAACCUCCAUUCAGAGAGAUUAAAUGCAUAUUUAGAUGGAUAACAAGUAUAUCAUAUAUAUUUUGUAUCUCUAGAUUGAUUUUUAAGAUGCUCUUUGCAUCGGGGAGAUGCUAAUUUUAAUUACGGGUUUUGCCCUUACAUCUGACUCGGACUGGCCAGCUGACCUUGGCA